UAUUAUCAGUGUCGUCUACAAAUGAGGUAUUCGGUCUGUCAAAACUUUAUUCUCAAUAUACUGUUCAAACACAUCGGUUAUUCUUCUAACCCGUACGAAUUAUAACGAACGCUAAAAUGGCUUCAAGUUCCAGGACCAAUGUGACUGAAGGCAACAAAAAACAAGAUAAAGCCAGCGAUGAAGGUUCUACCCAAGUAGAUCUUAACGUUAAUCAAUUUGUUCAAUCGCUGAGGACGCUUGACCUAAAUAGCUAUGCGACGCGGAAAUCCUUUGCACAAGGAAUGCUCGAUCUGGCGCUACUUACGGCGAAUGCAUCACAGCUUAAGUAUCUGCUUACCGUUGGUGAAGCUCACGCGUUUUAUCAUUUGUUGCUGACACUAGUGUUGUUGUCUAUUUCUUUACAAGUAUUUCAAGCGGUAAUGAUACUCUUACUGGCAGUCGUGUUGGACAUAAACAAAACCGAAGAGCAUAGAAGAACCGAUAUUUUGAAUAAUAUUUUGAUUAUUUUUACGGUGAUCAGUGUAGUGAUAAAUGUGAUUAUAAGUGCAUUUGACAUGAAAACACAGGAAGAUCUCUUGCGAUCGUAGAUAAGAUGGCCUAUAACAUGAAAUAAGGAGGAUGUCUUGUACCACAACAAACAAGCAAAAUUUUAUUUUUAUUUUGAAUGUUUGCCUAAACAUAAGUCCUUCGAAAACAAAGUGUGUUCACAAUACACUAUAACUACAAUAGUUCAUCAUUAAAAAGAUUUCAGUUUUAAAGUAC